CUCAGUCGAUCCUUCCUGACAGGCAAUCGGGAUAAAAAGUUUGAGGUGGCCGCUGGAGUAAAAGAUUGGCGAGUUGGAGGGAGGGGGUUAAAAUCACGAUUGAGAAAAUGAGCGACACAGAGGCGAAGAGCGAAGCACCGCCUGAAGAACCUCAACCUGAGAGAAAAAUUAUCGCGACGGCAGUGCAGGGGACUGUGAAAUGGUUCAAUGUGCGCAACGGAUACGGCUUCAUCAACAGAAAUGACACCAAAGAAGAUGUUUUUGUUCAUCAGACUGCAAUAAAAAAGAAUAACCCAAGAAAGUUCCUCAGAAGUGUGGGGGAUGGUGAGGUGGUGGAGUUUGACGUUGUUGAAGCCGCUAAGGGUUCUGAGGCAGCCAACGUGACCGGUCCAGGUGGUGUACCUGUCAAAGGCAGCAGAUAUGCCCCUAAUAAACGCCGGUUCCGUAGACGGUUUUAUCCACGGAACGCACGCCCUGGUGAGGGAGAUUCAAAAGCUGCUGGGGAUUCUGCUGGUCCCACAUCAGAGGGAGAAGGCAAUGAGGAGAGAGGAGAACCUCAGCCUCGCCCACGACGCCAGCGGCCACGCAGAAGACCCGUUGUGCCACAAGGCGAGGGAGAAGCAGGAGACAGAAAUGUAGAGGGAGAAGGUGCCCAGCAGAGGCCUCCACCACGCAGGUUCAGACCUCGAUUUCGAAGGCCACUCCGUCCUCAUCCACCCUCUGGAGAGGCCACGGCCCCUGCAGAAGAGCAGGAGUCGCCCUCUAAAGAAGGCCAGACCGAUGGGGAGCAGGUUGAAGGACAACCACGGAAACCCCGCAGACAGUUCGGGCGACGCAGACAGAGGAAAUCUGAAUCCGGUGCAUCUAAAGAUGAAGAUGAACCUGAAAAAACUUCUGAUGCUUCCCCCGAUGGGGCAUCUAAGCCUUCUUCUGAAACUUCUCCAAAACAAUCCCCUAAAAAAACUGAGGCACCUGCCCCUACAGCGGCCAAGAGCACAGAAUGAUUUCUGUGACCUGGAAGGAAUCAUUUGACCCCAGCAAGAGGUUCCUGGGUGGGUUAGUUUGGGGGGUAAGACCUCGCUGUCUCAUCAAACAUUCAACCAUUUGUCCAAACAACUUGCUCCUCACUUCUACAUCCUUGUCUCUCCCCGCACCUGAUUCUCCCCCUGUGGUAUGGAACCUUCGUCUGUCGUGGAGCAAAAGAGGGCUGGUAGGGAAGGGAGGGUUGUGCUGAUGCAUAUUUAGCCAUUUAAAAUAAAAUUGCAAAAAAGAAACCUGCUCAAAAAGCCCCAUUAUAUUUAUAGUAUUUCCCCGUUAUAGUUUUGUUGUGUACUAUGGGCAGUGAGCAGUCGAGAAAACAUGACCAGUUUGGCUAAUUUAAGUUCAUCAAUGAGAGGAAAUGCUAUCCAAUACUGCACAGGCUCUUCUCUUACUUGUAAUCAAAUACAAACGGGGAAAAAAUACAUCCAAUCAAAAAUUGUUCAAACUUUUGUCUUUUUUUUCCCUUUUAUAUGUACUUUUUUGAUUGGGAUUGUGCAAUGUUAGUAAAGUGAGUAAAUAAAGUAUUUGCAAAGCCA